AUGAGCAAAAACUUUCUUAGUGGAUAUGAUAAACAAAAUGCAAUCUAUGCCUUAACUUUAUUUGUUAAAAGAAGAUUAUUAAUUGUUAAUUCAAGUAAUGUUAGUGAAAAAAUUACGUAUCCAAAUUGUAUAAAAAAUGUAUUAUACGAGGCAGUUUUGGAAAUUACCAUUCCUAUUGCUAAAAUACGCUCAAAGAAAUAUUGUGCAGAAUCAAGAACUUCAAAUGAUGCCGAAUUGUCUGUUGCUUUAAUUGUUUUGGAAGAAUUGUUCAAAUUUGAUAUUAUUAAAGAAGCUUCUAUUGAAUUAUAUUGUAAGGGAAGGAAGGUGUGUUUAAAAAUGUAA